AAUUAAUCCCAAAUUAUGAUGGCAUCCUCCGUAAUUUCCCCACCACUCUGGUGGCAAAUUUUCCAACCCAGCUCCCCAAUCUUAUAAACUACUGCGCUCUCUAUACUCCAUUUUAUAUCAUCAAUCAAUCAAUCAAACCCUCUCAAACCAGCUCUUUGAUUUUUUUUUUUCCAUUUUGAUCCCGGCCCCGCGCUAAUCCGGCCAUUCAUUUAUAUUCAUCCCUGGUUCUUCCGGCUGCACUGUAAAUUAUUAUUAUUCCGGCCAGAGCCAGGAAUUUAAUCGGCGUCGUGCUUCUUCUUUUAAAAUGACGUCGGGGACCAGGCUUCCGACUUGGAAGGAAAGAGAGAAUAACAAGCGUAGAGAGCGGAGGAGGCGGGCGAUCGCGGCCAAGAUCUUCGCCGGGCUUCGGAUGUACGGCAAUUACAAGCUCCCCAAACAUUGCGACAAUAAUGAGGUGUUGAAAGCUCUCUGUAAUGAAGCCGGCUGGGUCGUUGAAGAAGACGGCACCACUUACAGAAAGGUACUAUUAUCAAUUCCUUUUUCUUUUUUUUUUUAAAGGAACUUCUAAUUAAUUUCUUCCUAUUUCCUUACCGAGUUUUUGAACGUUGGGGGAGUGAUUGAGGUGAUCGGCGCCGGUGAGUGGUGUUUUUUUUUACAGUUUUAUUAGGCCUCGAAUUUAUUUGAGAUUUGGGGGUGACGACCAAGUCAACCCAUUUCUUUUCUGUUUGAUUUGUUGACCAGCGAAUCAGAUUACUACUUGCUAGUAGUAGACUAGUAGCUACUGCCUCGCCGCUUUAACUCCGCCGUUUUCCGGCGAGAGAUGUCAGGCCAGCUAGGAAGGUAGCCAUAUUUGGAUUUUAACUGUCCACAGAAAGUGAAAAGACAAAGCUCCCUUCAGAUUCCUCUCUGCUCCCUGACAAACUUCAUGUGGGUUUCAUUUACCAAUUACCAUGUCUGCUGGUGUUAUUUCACAACAUUACCCUCUUCGAUUCCCGUAAUUCCAUUCUCCAGUGUCAGCUUGAGUGACUUUGUGUGGGGUAGUUUAGACAAUUGACUAACCAAGUCUUCGCAGUUAGAUCUACUGUACGACUAUUUUAAGAUUUUCUUUUUUUUACCUUUGCGUAGUCUCUUUUCCUAGUUUGAAAAGGGCGCUUAUUCCGGAGAAAGGGACAACCAUUAAAGCAGCAGCGUACAACUCCAUGAUAUCCAUUUAUCCUCCACGAAUGUUAUUUCUGAAGUCUGAACUGAGAUUGGAUCAAAACAUGAGAUAUUCUGCUGAAUUGUUUUCUUACUAUUUUUUUUUCCCAAUCUUCUUCCGAGAUUCCCGGGUUUUCACUUUUUGUUUUUCUUACUCAAUGAAGCGUGGGCUUUGUUGGGUUUUGCGGUGGAGGUGGAGUGUGCUUGAUUGUCAAUGGUGGGCCUCUUGUGUUUUUUUUAAUAAUUUAUUUAUUAUUUUCUCCUUUGGUCUGUGCAUUGGUGUUGAAAUAUACAAUUUUGUAGUGGUUGAGGGGAGUCAUAUGAUCUAAAAUAGUUUAUAAAAGUAGAUACCAAAUCUUGGGACAUUAUCAUGUUCCAUGUGGUGAUGAUGAUGCUUGUUUUCAGACUGUUUAUUGAGCGUGUGGAUAUGCUGUUGUUCUUGGUCACUUGUUCCAAUUUUUUUAGACAUUAUUCUAUACUUUUGGAUGCAUCCCUUCAUUGACACUGGUACAACCCAUAAAUUAACAGGCUGAAGUGAACCUAGGAAAGAUACAGGUUCAUAAUUUGAUAUUUUAUUCUUAUUGAUGUGUGGCACUAAAUACUGGGGUGAAACAAUAGUAUUCAAGUUUUCCAUCUUUUGGUACAGUUGGAUUUGAUGGGAAAGAGCUGUGUUAUGGUUGGUCAUUGCGGUGGAGUGAAUGUGGUUUGUUGUAAUAUUUGGUGUUUGGAAAUUUCGAAUAGUGCAAUCAAUGCUGUUGACAUGCUAUGAUGCUGAUUUAUUGUAUGUAUUAUUUUUGCUCUUUUUGCAAAGAGGCUUUUGGUGUGUGGGGUGGGCAACAUCAUCUUACUUAUUUUGGCUGUUCCUCAUUUCCAUUAUGCCAUGCUUUGAAAUAACCUUUUGUGAAUCUGAGGUGCCAGCAAUGUCUUGGUCCACACUUGUAAGAUAAUUUGAUGUCCCUUUAUUGCUAAACAGCAUUGUCAAGAUUAUCUAUGAUGACAGCUUGAUUUUGAUUUUUGUUUUGUCUUGUAAUUGUUGAUGCUUGUCUUAUUUAAAAAGUUGCACAUCAGAUUUACGGGGCAAACACAUAUGAAAUUAACUUUUAAAUCUGGAUUAAGAAAACAAGAAAAAGAGUUUACAAUCCGGUACUGUUUAAAGUGCAAAUACCAAAUAAUGCUUGGGGCGAGUCAAUUACUUUUGUGAAGGGUUCUUGCAAUAAAAGAGUAUUAGAUGCCAGAUUGAUCUUGCUUCAACUGGCUAGGUUAUCUUUGCUUGAAUCUGGCGUAUCCAUUGACCUUGAAUAUAAAAUUCUUAGGGCUCCAACUGCUAAUUUUUCUUCUUUUUGUUAUUUUUAACUGUAAAUACAUUUUUAAAACUAUAUGACCUAAUAUUCUAACUAGCAUUGUUUGUUUCUCUGGGGCACGCUUUAUUUUAAAUCUUCCUGAAAAUCUAAUUUCUCUGAUAAAACUUGAAAAGACCUUGAGAAUCCUGAAUUGGAGGCAUUUAUUUAUCAUGGGGCUUGUUUCUUAAUAGUUGUAUGGUGCUCCGGUAUUACCUGAUGGCCUUAUUAAUCCUGCUUAUGUACUAGCCUUAUUUCCUUUGCACUUUAUGGAGUACCUUGAUUUAUGAGCCAGUUGAUUGUUAAGGUUUUUCUCUCCAACUUUGUACUGAUCAUUUCUUCGCCUGGCUAGGGUUGCAAGCCUGCAGAACGCAUUGAUAUUGUUGGUGGUUCAGCGCCAAUGAGCCCUUGCUCAUCAUAUCAACCAAGUCCUGGUGCAUCUUACAAUCCAAGCCCUGCUUCAUCGUCUUUUCCGAGCCCUGUAUCAUCUUGUUACGCUGUCAAUGCAAGUCUAAAUACUACCACUGAUGCAAACUCUCUGAUUCCUUGGCUAAAAAAUCUGUCAUCUGGCUCAUCAACUGCCACAGCUAAGUUUCCCCACCAUCUCUAUAUCCCUGGUGGUUCCAUAAGUGCUCCUGUCACCCCUCCUUUGAGCUCUCCGACAGCCCGUACUCCACGAAUGAAAGAUAAUUGGAAUGACCAAGGUUCGCCCUGGGCAGCGCAGCAAUACUCGUUUUUGCCAUCUUCUACCCCUAUUAGUCCUGGUAUUCAGACUCCCCCUGAUUCAGGAUGGUUAUCUGGUGUUCAGACUCCACAAGAUGGACCUUCAUCUCCAACCUUCAGUCUUGUUGCAUCGAACCCAUUCGGCAUCAAAGAGCCCUUAUCAAAUGGAGGGUCCCGCAUGUGGACUCCUGGGCAAAGUGGGACUUGUUCUCCAGCAAUUGCAGCUGGUUUUGACCAUACGGCCGAUGUUCCCAUGUCGGAUGCUAUGUCUGCUGAGUUUGCAUUCGGCAACAAUAAUAUGAAGGCAUUAGUGAAGCCCUGGGAAGGGGAGAGGAUUCAUGAGGAAUGUGUACCGGAUGAUCUUGAGCUUACUCUAGGCAACCCUACUACCAGAUAGGUAUGAAGCAAUCUACUUGGAAUGAAUUUCAGUCCAUUCUUUAUGUUGCAAAUACUGCAUGAAUCAGUCCUUUUUGUAAAGAUCAUUUGACCUUUUGGCUAAAUCCUUCGGUUGGUACCGUGUGGAUGAAACCAGAGAAGUUAUAAUUGUAUUGUAGAGUAGGAGCAUAUUUAUUCUUUGAUGUAUUCAGUUAGGCCUUUGAGAUAUAAAAGCUAGAUGCUCAGUAGAAAUAGCUGCACUGGUGGCUUGUGAACCCUUUGUGGUUCUCCUUUUCUUUCUCCUCUUUCCCUUUUUGGCCACAUUCUUUUCAUUCGUAAUGCUCAAAAAUUUGGGCAACAGACAGGUGUUACAAAUCUAGACAACGGGUCUCUGCUUUUUCCUUUGGUUUUCAGCAUAAAAGAUUUGUAACAAUAGAAAAUGGGUUACAAACGGUUUGUGCUUCUUGCUGUUUAAUGUUCUUUCCAGUUCCAAACCCCUCUAUAAA